CCGGGCCUGCCUUUAAGACGCACGCGCCGGCGGCGCUGCUAGUCCGGAAGUGCGCGCGCUGCGGCGGGAUGGCGGCUGCGGAGAGGCGGCUGCGGGGCCUCGGCCGUCUGUGCCGCCUGCUGCUGCUCCUCUCUCAGUUCUACGUUCCGUGUGGUAGUGAGCAUUCGCAGCCGCUGGCCCAGGCGGUGAAGGACGCGGUCCCCACGCGUGCAGCCACGGCCGUCCCCGGGGCAGCAGAAAGCACUGAAAUCCCAUCGUACGUGAUGAAGUGUCCAAGCAACGGCUUGUGCAGCCGACUUCCUGCCGACUGCAUAGAUUGUGCGACCAACUUCUCCUGUGUCUACGGCAAGCCUGUCACGUUUGACUGCACGGUGAAGCCUUCUGUGACGUGUGUCGAUCAGGACUUGCGGUCCCAGAAGAACUUCGUCAUCAACAUGACUUGCAGGUUUUGCUGGCAGCUGCCCGAGACAGACUAUGAAUGCUCCAAUUCUACCAGCUGCAUGGCGGUGUCCUGUCCGCGGCAGCGCUACACCGCCAACUGCACGGUGCGGGACCAUGUCCACUGCCUGGGAAACCGUACAUUUCCCAAAAUGCUGUACUGCAAUUGGACUGGAGGCUACAAGUGGUCCACGGCUCUGGCUCUGAGUAUCACCCUCGGUGGCUUUGGAGCAGAUCGCUUCUACCUGGGCCAGUGGCGGGAGGGCCUCGGCAAGCUCUUCAGCUUCGGGGGCCUGGGCAUAUGGACGCUCAUAGACGUGCUGCUGAUUGGAGUGGGCUACGUGGGCCCCGCGGACGGCUCUCUCUACAUCUAGCUGCAGUGUGUGCCGCACCCAGGGCCGUCCUCUGGAGUCGGCGGGGCGGGAGGGGCGCUGGGUCUGUUCUUAUGUACAGCAUCUGUACUUAGCUUGCCUUGAUGAAGGUAAAAUAAAGGUGAAAUGACACGCCGA